UGUCAUUCACACAUCAUUUUAUUUUGUGAUAUCGUAAAAACGAGGUGAAUUUGUGAAAAUAUAAGGACGUGGUGUAUUUGGGCAUGAGCGCCUCAUUUCAACGAACGAUUCUGUUAAAUAAAAUAACGUGGACAAUGUAUUAGUGGACGUUAAAACUGCAGUGUACCAUGGUGAUCGAAAAACUAAAAGGAAAAUCGACAAUUUUCGCUGUUUCCCACUGAAUUUCCGUGCGGUGCGUUUUGUUAAUUAUAUAUCUUGUUUUGUUUUACAUUCCGAUAUUAAUGUGAAUUUAUUACAAGCAGUGUGUAUGGUGUAUAACUUUAUCUAUUUUCGACUACGUUUUCGAUCUAUAUAUAACGUCAGUGACUCCGAUUUUAAUGAAUAACAUUUAUGAAAACGAACAAAUUGCAUAUAUGGCGUCCGUGGCACCGAAAAAUCUACAUCUAAACAACCGCGCACUCUCCAAAAUUUCAACCAUAUUGAAUUAAACGAAUUUAUUAAAAAAAAAUGCGCUCCGUCAACACCCGUCCACGUUCGCACACGGCAAGAGUCAUAAAAAAACUAAAAAUAAAAAAGAAAUACGAGCUUACCAACAUAAGAAUAUUGUGUUCUAAACUUUUAAUAUAAGUUACCAACAUAAGAACGCGAAUUCUUUUUUUAAUUUGAAAAAGUUUUUCGAGUAAAGAGGCUUUAACUCUGUAGAUAAUUUGAUGUAACGUGGAAUAGUUGCCUUCUAGUUGGUAGUCUGUUGGUCCAAUCUCAUAAAUAAAUAAAUAAGUAAUAAUUUUUCCCCCUUUUACAUAAUAAAAACAGUGUUUUAGAUUAUUGUACUAAAGAGUGAUUGUAAGUGUGAUAUCAACAAUGGAGAAUACUGAAGUGGAGAAGAGCCCCAGCUCUGAGGAAACUACGCAGCUUAGCAGAAACAGGAGUUUCAAAUCAAAACAACUGGUCCGCAGUCAAGCGAUACGCGAAACCCAUUCGCCUCCCCGCGCUCUAAGUCCUGCCCACCCCACAAACAUAACACCAUCCCCUCCUAAAAUCACAAACUCCUUGCCUAACAUGAACAACUCUACGCCUAUCAACAAUAUUGGCAAAAACAACUCCGUAACAACAUCUCCUAGCAUCGGGAAUUCAUCUCCAAGCGUCGGGAAUUCAUCUCUAAGCGUCGGGAAUUCAUCUCCAAGUGUCGGGAAUUCAUCUCUUAGCGUCGGGAACUCAUCUCUUAGUGUUGGGAAUUCAUCUCCAAGCGUCGGGAAUUCAUCUCCGAGCGUCGGGAAUUCAUCUCCGAGUGUCGGGAAUUCAUGUCCUAGCGUGAAAAAUGGCGCUAUGGAUAAGAAUGAUGUGAGAACUGUGAGCGUGAAUGUCAGUGAGGACUCUAGUCAUGUUAGUGUUAGGUGUAGUGAUGUGAAACAUAGUGAUAGUGAUGAAUUUAAGAAGAAAUUACCGGUUGAGAUUCAGAUAACAUCAGGCAGCUGGGACGACACACACCCCGAACGACACAGGACUCGACGCUGGCACUCGGAGGCACAGCGUGACUUGCUGUCCAACAACCCACGAGUGUCCUGUGUCUGUGGCAACUGUACAGCUUGCGUACAUUGCAGGGGCCGCCGCCGUCGCCACUACUGCGCGACGAAGCAGGACUCUGGCAUCGUUUGUCCCGACGACUGCCCAGAUUCCUCAGACAAUGACACAGGCGCAUCUAAUAACGAUACGAUGCGAAAAUCGAGCAGUCUUGAUGUGGACGAACCACAUUAUUGCAGAUGUCCGGAAAGAAAACCAGAUCCCCCAAGACCGAAGAACCCACAGCUUAGUAGAAAUGAUUCCGACGAUCGCUACGAGCCGACUGGGCCAGAGUUAGUCGCCUUCAUAAAAGAUACUCUGAACAAGAACAUGCGGGACAGGAUGGCACUCCUCAAGAUCGAGAGGGAACUACACGCUCUAGUCAACGAUACGGGUCGCUGCAUAGUUCGGUUCCCGGUGAUGACAUCGUACGGCCGCAUGCUGGUACACCGCUGCGCCGCUCUGUUCCAGCUCUCUCAUCACCUGGAUAUGACCAACAAGACUUCAGUGCUGGUUUCUAAGAGCGGCACAUCUGGCGGUCGCAUUCCCUGUACGAGUUUCAAGGAGUGGUGCACGGUUCAGUUCCCGCCCAGUCCACAGCGACACCAACCCGACGCGACACAUGCCAAGUUUACCUCCGACAGGUCGAUCCUGAAGCGAGACAGUCAAUCGCUGGAGGAGCCAGGAGUCACUCUCGCCAGCUACAGGAGCAAGUCAUUGGAACAGAGGGAAAAGGAGUACGAGAGGGUGCGACGGAGGAUAUUCAGUUCGCAAGACGAGGCUCAAUGGCCGUGGUUGACGUCGGGUCCUAUCAAACUGCUUACAGCUGAAGGCAGGAAUAAGCUACUCAAGGUCCAAUCCCUAGAAGGCAGCGGUCCCCCGAGCGGGUCGUGGCGCGCGGCGCGGGGCGCGGUGUCCAAGUCGCACAGCUUCGGCGGGUACACGCACGCAGACCCCGAGCCGCCCCGCGUACUCAGCAGACAGGGUGACCUAGCGUCCAGUAGCUGGCGCCUGUCCCCGUCCAGCUCGGGCUACAAGACGCUCAGUCUGCGCAGCACCGACUCCGUCACACCCUCGCCCACUGGCGGCGCGAGCCCGGAGCCGGGCGGUGCGGGCGGUGCGGGCGGUGCGGGCGGUGCGGGCGCGGAGGGCGUGGUGUGGUGCGUCACGGACCUGGCCGCCGUGCCGCCCGGCGCCAUGGUCAUACACCCGCAGACGGGACGUCCACUCACCAACCCGGACGGAUCAAUAUACCAGUUUGAUCCGGCCAACCCGCCCGUGUUGUACGACCCGGGCAUCGAACAGGAUGACCAGCAGAAAAUGGAUUCAAGCAACGAGAAGCGUCGCGGUAGAUUGGAGAAACAACAUUCAUUUAUUGAUAACGAUUGCGAUUGCCAGCCGAGCGAGGAAUGUCGCGGGAAAUGUUGUUGCGAGUGUCGCCGGCAAGACGCGAGUCAAGGAAACACUGCUGGAGAUAAGGAACCGAUCCCCAAACCAGCAACACCAAUAGAAACGAACACACAAACAAGCACAAAUACACAAGAAACACAACACGAACCGACCAAUCAGCAACCAGAAACAUACGAGCCAGCCAGUCAGCAGCCAGUAUUCGAACCAACCAAUCACAAAGUUUAUGAACCGCCACGAACGUUUGAAACGGCCAAUCAGAACGCUCAUAGCAAUGUGUUGAAUAAUCGACCUGUGAAAUUGACCCAUGAGGGACAUGAAAUGCAAUAUGCGCAGUAUCAAGGGUAUAGAACUGAUGAGCUAACAUCCCCGCAGAUGGGCAACCACUACGUGUCCCACGAGGUCAACAUGCAAGUGAUGCAACAUAAGAUGCAACCCAUGCCGCUACACGACCCCAAUAUGCGAGCGAUGCCGCUAUCCAAUAUGAGUAACAUGGUGUACCAGGCGCCGAUACCACAACCGUACCCGUACCCGUGCAGGGUGGAGCCGUCUCUGCAGAUGUACCCGCCAGUACUCCCGCCAGAGGAACAGAAACUUGCGCCCUCACCGCAUACCAACGAAACUGCUUUCAGAAUCGACCCGAGCUAUCCGUACGCGGCAGUGGACUACACGGGGUGCGGGGCCUGUGUCGAUACAUCCAUGCAACGGAGUUACAGCGUCCCGUACGGCCAGAUGGAGGUCCCGGCGCUGCCCCCGCACUACCCGGCCCUCGGGAACGUCGUCCUGCCGCAGACACAUCUACAACCAUACCCGCAAUACCAAGAGCAUGUCCCGUGGCAGGUCCCCCCCGCGGGGGGUCCGGUGGCGCCCCCCAAGGUGUGCGUGCCGGAGCUGUACCCGCUGCAGUGCGUGCAGUACCCGCCGCACUCGUACCCGCACUACAACAUACUCUACCCGCAGGUGAUCCAACAGCCUUACCCGAUAUGCCAACCAAUGUACCCAGUCAUAGAGAAACAGCCUGAACAGCGCAACUCCAAACAUAACUCUAUACACAACUCUAUGCACAAUUCAAUAUCAAACUCAGCCUGCCAGACGCCGUUCCAGGACGAAAAACUAGCGGAGGACGAGAAAAAAUCUAGACAAAAUUCCGAAAUUGCAGCCAAAAUACAGCAAAUCAAGACUCAGAUGGCCCAAUUAAACACUAAAGACGGAAAGGAAAGGGAUUAUAGGAAACGCGAGGAUUAUCGGCGCAGGAAUAACGGGAACGGACUGUUGGGUAACUGUCCCGUUACUAACUAUAAUGGACGGGUUUUUGGACGCGGUGGUACUGACGACAGACACCUGAGCUCGGCGGCGCGCGCCAUCGUCGACUCUAUCCGGAGUAUGCAAGCCAAAAAUACAUAUCACCAAGACAAUCGUCGCGACUACCAACGCUUCGACCACAAACAAGAGAGGCCGGAGUUCCGGCGUCGUGACAGAGAGGACAAUAAGACCGUAGACAAGGACAGGCCCGGCGACGGACCAGUGGGGGAGCGAUACGACGCUAGGAAUAGGGGACUCAACGUCAACGUGCCUGUUUAUAGACAGCCUUAUUUAUUCAGACAGAUGACACCUGGGACGUGGUGUCGACGUUCACCUGGAGCAGUACAUCCAGUACUGAACCCACAGCGACGACCACACCCGGACGCGCGGAACCCACGUCGUUAACUACAUAUUCACAAAGCAAUAAUUAUAUGUACAUACUACCUAAAUACGGGGUCGGCAGAGAUAUAGGCUCUUAAACAAAUAAAGGUACAAAAAAUACGAUUUGACAACUCAAUAAUAGCUUUGUA